AUGCAUAUUUAAAAAAAAGCCCACUCAUCUUUAAACCUAGCUAAGAACGAUAGCUUUGAUACUCCUGAGAAGAAAGUCACUCAUUCACAUUCUAAUAAUCAAGAAAGCACAUAGAAAUAAUCUAUAUAGGUGGAUAUAGCAAAUUAUAAUCAUCCUCCUGAUAUGUCAAAAUUGAUUCCGGUGAACAAAAUCUACAGUGCUUAUAAGGUAUUAAAGAAUGUGGUAACAAGAACGCCCACAUAAAAAUCAAUGAAACUUUCUGAAUAUUUUGGAGCUAAUGUCUACAUUAAAAGAGAAGAUCUACAAAUUGUAAGAAGCUAUAAAUUAAGAGGAGCUUAUAAUAAGAUAAUUUCAAUUCCUGAAAAUGAAAGACAUAGAACAGUAUUCUGUGCUAGUGCAGGUAAUCAUGCACAAGGUGUAGCUUAUGUUUGUAAUCUAAUGAAGAUUAAUUGUAUCAUAUACAUGCCUACUAAUACUCCUAGUAUUAAGUUUAAUGCUGUGAAAUCUUGGGGAAAACAAUAUGCCUAAAUCGAAUUAGUCGGAGAUACAUUUGAUGAGAGUUUCAGAGCAAGUAGAGAAAAAUGCAAUACUGAAAAUGGGAUUUAUGUUCAUGCAUUUGAUGAUGAAAAGAUAAUUGAAGGAUAAGGAACAAUAGCAGUUGAAAUUUUAGAAGAUAUUAAUGAGGAUUAAGUAGAUUUCAUGUUCUUCCCAGUAGGAGGAGGAGGAUGCGGAGCAGGCAUAUCAUCUUAUUUCAAAUAAGUCAGUCCUUAGACUAUAUUAAUUGGAGUAGAACCUGAAGGAUCUCCUUCAAUGUAUGAGGCUAUUAAGUAAUAGUAAAUAGUAGAGUUGGAGACUAUUAACACAUUUGUGGAUGGUGCAGCAAUUAAAAAGUCAGGGGCUAAGCCAUUUGACAUAUUAAAUUCAGUAUUAAAGGAAGUGGUUUUGAUACCUGAAGGUCAUGUAUGCACUACUAUGAUGAAAUUGUUUAAUGAGGAAGGUAUUCUAGUUGAACCUGCAGGUGCCUUAGCAAUUAGUGCACUUGAUAGAUUCAAAGAAUAAAUUCAAGGUAAGACUGUAGUUUGUUUGAUUUCUGGGAGUAAUAAUGAUUUAGGAAGAAUGACAGAUAUUAGAAUGUUAUCAGAGAUUCAUUAAGGGUUGCAAUAUUACAUGUUUGUAAACUUUUUCUAAAAGCCAGGAGCAUUAAAACAAUUCUUAAUUCAAUGUUUAGGUCCAACUGAUGAAGUCACCAAUUUGGAAUACACAAGAAAAAACAAUAGAGAAAAGGGGCCUGCUUUAGUGGGAGUGAAGGUUAAAAAGCCUCAAGAUUUUGAAGCCUUGAAGAAUAAGAUGGAAGAAUUAAAGAUUACACAUAGAAUAUUAUAACCAAACCAAGAAAUAUUCAAAAUGUUAUUAUGAUUUACAAAUAUUAAGGAAUAUUAGAUAUUUCAUAAUACACUUAUUA